GUGAAAUAUCAGGAGUUUGACAGGAGAGAAAUUCGAACUUACUUUUCGAAGAAAGACAUCGAAAAAGUUUCUUUUUGUGGAACGUCAGAACUGAAGAAAAGAAGGAGAUACAUCUUCAGAUCAAUUUAUAACAGGAGCGUCAAUCGUUAUUGUAAAAAAAUAGGUGGGUAUUUUUUACGUCAAACAGAUUUUUGAAGUACCGUGAUACGUCCUUUGUGAAGGCUACGGACUAAUUUAACGGGAAUAUAUUCGAAAUAGACACUUGGUGUGAAAUAGUGCAAGCUAAUUAAAAAAAAAAAAGAAUUAAAAUUCAAACCUUACGAAUAGCAUGUGGGGCUACAUCGAUCGAAUCUUUUAUGAUCAAACGGUCGAAGAAGAGCAUUACAGGAAGAUACGGCAGAAGUCGUCUUCUCUGUCUGCGCUUGUGGUAGGGUUAGUUGCUGCUGUGGGUGGGUUUAUGUACGGGUACGAUACUGGUCUUAUCAACGACAUUAUGGAGAUGAGGUAUGUUGUCGGUCACUUUGCUUCGAAUGAAUCAUCGUUCAGUGUACAUGAACGAGCACUUAUAACUGCGGUUUUAUCCUUAGGUACCUUUUGUGGUGCUUUGGUUGCACCAUUCAUCUCAGAUUCAUAUGGGAGAAAAUUUUCAAUUAUCCUUUCUUCAGCAGUUAUUUUCACCAUAGGGAAUAUUCUUCAAGUUGCCGCUCAGAACACAACACUUCUUUGUGUUGGAAGAGCUAUAUCUGGUGUUGCUGUGGGUAUACUUUCCGCCAUCGUUCCAUUAUACCAAGCGGAAGCAUCUCCAAAAUGGGUGAGAGGAUCGGUUGUUUUCACAUAUCAAUGGGCAAUCACAUGGGGGUUUCUUAUUGCCAGUGCCAUCUGCCAGGGGACAAGGAAAAUGACUAAUUCAGGCUCGUAUCGUAUACCGGUAAGUCUUCAAUUUCUUUGGGCUUUAAUCUUAUGGGUUGGUAUGUUAUUCCUCCCAGAAUCUCCAAGAUAUUUCGUACAAAAAAAUCAAAUUCAAAAGGCAUUGGAAAGUCUUGCCAAACUUCGAAGAUUACCACAAGAUGAUGCUGAUUUGAUUGAAGAAUUGGUCGAAAUUAAGGCAAAUUAUGACUAUGAAUUAUCAUUUGGUAGAACAUCAUUUUUGGAUUGUUUCCGAAAUGGAGGGGGAAGACAUAAACAAGUACUUCGUAUACUUACCGGGACAGGAGUUCAUACAUUCCAACAAUGUUCUGGUAUAAAUUUCAUUUUUUAUUAUGGAACUAAUUUCUUUGCAUCCACUGGAAUGAGUAAUUUCUAUUUAAUGUCCUUCAUUACGUAUGCAGUUAAUAUGGUCUUCACAAUACCAGGGAUUAUUUUGGUUGAAACCAUUGGAAGAAGACAAUUAUUACUUUAUGGUGGAUGUGGGAUGUCCAUAUCUAAUUUAAUCAUUGCCAUAGUCGGGGUAACUGUGGGGAAUAACAGUGUUAGUUCCAUUAUCUGUGUUUCUUUUUCAUGUGUAUUUAUUGCCUUCUUUGCCAGUAGUUGGGGAGGUUGUGCAUGGGCACUUGCUUCAGACAUAUAUGGUAUUAGUAUUCGUCAAAAGGCGAUUGCUAUAACAGCUGCGACCAACUGGUUGGUUAAUUUUGUCUUUGCAUAUAUUACACCAUAUCUUAUUGACACAGGUCAACAUACUGCGGCACUUGGAACCAAAAUAUUUUUCAUUUGGGGGGGUUUUAAUGCAAUGGGGGUAAUCUAUGUAUAUUUCAUGGUUUAUGAAACUCAAGGGUUGAAAUUAGAAGAAGUUGAUUUCAUGUAUGCAAAUUGCAGUAAUGCAAGAGAAUCCACAAAAUUUAAAUCUAAUCAAACAGUUGCUCAUAAUCAACAAGAACCCUCACCUCAGCUGAAUCUUACCGAAAAAACAUUAGUAUCUGGUUCAGGGAAAUUAGAGUCAGGAUCAGGAUCAGGAUCAGGAUCUGGUGAAAGUGGGGUUGGUUCAAGAUAUACUCAUAAUGAUUUGCAACAGAAUCAAGUAAUUCCAACAACCUCGAUGCAUCCAUUAGAUGAAUUGUCUGUGAUAUCUUCAAGUGGAUCGGAACCAGUAAAUGAUUACCAACAAUAUCUUCAUAGUCUUUAUUCAGGAAGUGACCUUCCUGAUACAUCAUUUACAUCAGCAUCUAUGAAUAGAGAAAAAUCUAGAACUAGAGCUAAUUUUACUGAAGAUGAUUUACUUGAUGAUUCAAAUAUCUUGAAUCAAAAUAAAAUGACAAUCAUUGCUGCACCGUUUUUCAAUGCUCCUCCAAGUGAUUCAGAUUCAAGUGAUGAAGAUGAAGAUGAAGAUGAAGAUGAAGAUGAAGGAGAAGAUGAAGAUGAUGUGCAUAGUAAUGAAUAGGAAAAUACCAAUUAAUAAGCAUACGAGAGAUGAAAGUAUAAUAAUCAAGGACUUUAAUCAUCUAUUCAUAUAGGAAAC